AUGUCAUUUUACUCUCUUCUCCUGGUCUGGGUUUCAUUCUUCCUACUUGGACUUUUGGAGUUCGGGGUCAUCAUGGUGUUUCGUUAUAGAAUGGGUGGCGACGGCAUCUGGACAGCAAGCACUCGCACCGCACCAUGGACUUCAUUCCAUAUUUUGGAGAUUCCGGAUCAAAGCUUCAUGGACCAGCCUGUGGAAGUACCACCCAUUGGACAGUGGCCGUGGACAAGAAAGGCCUUGACCCCCACAACCGAGACUCCCAAACCCUUUUGGAUCUCGAGUUAG